AUGGCCGCCACUCAUCCCGUCAUCCUUUCGAACUAUCGACUGCCCGCGUGGCUUUCGUACCUCCUUCCGGGGGAACAAUUCAGUCGAGACAUUGCGGCUACGAGCUACUAUCGAAGUUGGAAGGCGGGCGUCCUCGCGGUUUUCGCAGUCGACACGUACUGGGGUUCGCUCGAAGAUGCUUCGCGCCCUGUCGUCAAGGAACAGCUCGCCGCUAUCCGGGACCAGGUCACGAUGGAUAGCGCGCUCGUACACGAGGCGACCGCGAAGUGCACAAGUCUUGAGGCGUACUUUCUUCACAUUGCGAGCAUCGUCGUUGGAGACACUCGCUAUCUUGACAUCGUUGGCAUCGACGGCAAUCCUUGUCAGGACUCAACCGCUCACGCACUCGGUCAGGCUUACGGCCGGAUCUUGCUUGCUCAGACGCCAAAGGGCGACCUCAUGUUCAAGCUUGCAAAGAUGAUGUCCUGCUUCAGGAACGCCAAACCAGCCCUCAACAAGGACCUCAAAGCGUGGGAGACCGAGACGGGGAAGAAUGUCUGGCACGUCCUCGAGAGCCACCCAGCAGACAUAGGGCGCGUCUUAUCACGAUGCGAUCACGCCCUGCACCACCUUGAGGAGUACAAGGCGAAGUCGUGGCCGAUGGAGGGCCGCACACGCCAUUUGUCUAUGGAGGAGCUCUUUUACACCCUGGCAAGUCUUGCCAGAUACUUGCGAGCUUGUUCUGAAGCACUUCUGACCGGUAGUGAUCCACAGCCUACGGCUGCAACGCUUCUCCAGACCACGCCGCUUGUUGACAAAGCAGUGCAAGGCUGCGAGGUCUGCGCUGCCGAGCAUCUUCGUCACGCAGCCCUACAACACUCGAUUGCCCACACGUCCUUCUCCGCGUUCUUCCCUCGAGCUCGCGCCGACACCGCAAGGCAGAUGCGCGCAUUCUGA